AUGCCAAACGGGCUGUCGCGCAUGCGGGCUCUCUUCACCAAUUGGGUGAGGAAUAGCGCGACGAGCAUGAGGGGGCAACCAGUGCAGGUGAGCAAGUCAAUGCUGGAGGGGAAAUCCAUACAGGCAAAUAAAUCCAUGCAGACGAGGCAGAUGACCCAAAGCGCAAGGAGCAACGGCAAAGCCAAGGCAGCGGCAACCGCAGGAGGGACGAUGUUACUCCUAUCCCCCAUCAUGUUUGAAGCAAAACACAAAGAGGAAGAAAACAACCCCAAGACAGAGUACAUAUUCAUGGCGGGAAAGACGAUCGAUUUUUUAACUCAGAAAAUCUUCGAAAAUGAGUUCGGCACGUCCAUUCUUUACUUAACUUUCUUCGUUGCGUACCUGGCCCUUCUUGCACACGACAAUAAAGUGAACCUUCUGGUGCAGAAGCUGAAAUUCAAAUACGCCAAUAACAUGUUUAGCAUUGGUCACCCCAAUUAUUCCGAAUAUUUAAACAAGCUAAGGACACCUCGGAAGGGCAUCUAA